CCUAUUUCAUUCAUCGUUCAGUGCUGUCAUUAAACCUCGUCGAUUGUGUUGAAUGUGGAGAAAUUUAGUUUAAUUAUAGAAAUAUAGACAAUUUUGCAAAGAUUGCUGCCUCACUAUAGCGGUACAUUAUCAAAGAAAUAUACGCGUACAUAUAUCUCGUUAAGAACGGCCGAAUAUAUAUCACAGAUCCAAUGUCGUCGAAACAUAAUGGUCAAGGCUCGACAACACAAACCUACAAACUUGUUGUUGUAGGCGGCGGAGGGGUGGGCAAGUCUGCAAUAACAAUACAAUUCAUACAGAGUUAUUUUGUUACCGACUAUGAUCCAACUAUUGAAGAUUCAUAUACCAAACAAUGUGUCAUCGAUGAUGUACCGGCAAAACUUGACAUCCUUGAUACGGCCGGCCAAGAAGAAUUUAGCGCCAUGCGUGAACAAUAUAUGCGUUCCGGUGAAGGUUUUCUGCUAGUCUUCUCGUUGAACGAUCAUUCCAGUUUCGAUGAAAUACCCAAAUUUCAAAAACAAAUUCUUCGCGUUAAGGAUCGGGAUGAAUUUCCCAUGCUGAUGGUGGGCAAUAAAUGUGAUUUGGAACACCAGCGUCAGGUAUCACUGGAGGAAGCACAAAAUAUUAGCCGUAAUUUGAUGAUACCCUACAUCGAAUGUAGCGCCAAACUGAGGGUAAAUGUUGAUCAGGCUUUUCAUGAACUAGUUCGACUUGUUAGGAAAUUCCAAAUGGCCGAGAGACCGUUGCUGGAGGAGGAACGUUACAAAAAGAAGAAAAGUAAAUGUUGUGUUUUAUAAAACGUCGAAAUGGAAUGCCACAACAUAUCUACAUAAAUAUGGACGUUAUGACGAAGAAACAUCAACACCAAAUUAAUUUUCAUAAAGCUGCCAGUGUUUUGAGUGAAACUAUUUUGGUUAUUAGAGAAAAAUAAAAAAAAAAUGAAAAA